AUGAGCUCUUUAAAGCAGUUCAUCCGCAAUGUCCGAGCAGCGAAGACGAUUGCAGACGAGCGAGCGGUGGUGCAGAAGGAGAGCGCCGCCAUACGAUCCAGCUUCAGGGAGGAGAGCGGCGACUCGAACGUGCGCCGCAACAAUGUCGCCAAACUCCUGUACCUCUUUACCCUCGGGGAACGGACUCACUUUGGGCAGAUAGAGUGUCUCAAGCUGCUGGCGUCGCCUAGGUUCGCGGAUAAGAGGCUGGGGUAUCUGGGGACUAUGCUGUUGCUGGAUGAGAAUCAGGAGGUCUUGACGCUGGUUACGAACUCGCUCAGCAAUGACCUCAAGCACUCGAACCAAUACGUCGUCGGCCUCGCCCUAUGCACGCUCGGAAACAUCGCCUCGGUCGAGAUGUCGCGGGAUCUGUUCCCGGAUAUCGAGAAUAUAAUAUCCAGCCCCAACGCCUACAUUCGCCGCAAAGCCGCGCUGUGCGCCAUGAGAAUAUGCAGGAAAGUGCCGGACCUGCAAGAGCACUUCCUCGAAAAGGCGAAGCUCCUUCUGUCGGACCGCAACCACGGCGUGCUGAUGUGCGGCCUGACGCUCGUAACGAGCAUGUGUGAGGCGGACGAGGCAGAGGGUGGCGAGAAUGGCAUUGUGGACAUGUUCCGGCCCCUGACAGGGUCGCUGGUCAAGAUACUGAAGAGUCUGGCGACUUCGGGUUACGCGCCGGAGCAUGACGUGUCUGGAAUUACGGAUCCUUUCCUCCAGGUCAAGAUUCUCAGUCUCCUGCGGGUACUUGGACGCGGGGAUGCGCGAACCAGCGAGCAGAUUAAUGACAUCCUCGCGCAAGUAGCUACGAAUACGGACUCUUCGAAGAACGUUGGCAAUUCUAUCCUCUAUGAGGCGGUACUCACGAUUCUAGACAUCGAGGCUGACUCCGGCUUACGGGUACUUGGUGUCAACAUCCUUGGAAAGUUCCUUGCGAACCGCGACAACAAUAUCCGAUACGUCGCGCUCAAUACCCUCAUCAAGGUCGUCGCCAUCGAGCCGAACGCGGUGCAACGACACCGAAAUACUAUCUUGGACUGCCUGCGAGAUCCAGACAUCAGCAUACGCAGGAGAGCCCUAGACUUGAGCUUCACUUUGGUCAACGAAAGCAACGUGCGGGUAUUGAUCCGGGAACUGCUGUCAUUCCUCGAAGUGGCAGACAACGAGUUUAAGCCUAUCAUGACGUCUCAGAUCGGCAUUGCGGCGGAUAGAUACGCGCCCAACAAGCGGUGGCAUGUUGACACUAUGCUCCGAGUGCUGAAGCUUGCUGGCAACUACGUCAAGGAACAAAUACUAUCUUCCUUCGUCCGAUUAAUAGCAACGAGCCCUGAUCUCCAGACAUACGCUGUACAGAAACUCUACGCUGGCCUCAAAGAAGACAUCACUCAAGAAGGUCUCACGCUAGCCGGUGCCUGGAGUAUCGGCGAGUACGGCGACGCCUUACUCCGCGGCGGGCAAUAUGAAGAGGAAGAGCUCGUCAAAGAAGUCAAAGAGAGCGAUAUCGUAGAUCUCUUCUCCAACAUCCUAAACAGCAGCUACGCCAACCAAGUCGUGACAGAAUACAUCAUCACCGCCGCCAUGAAGCUUACCACGCGCCUCUCCGACUCCACCCAAACUGACCGCCUUCGCCAGCUCCUCCGCAGCUACCAAGCAAACCUCAACGUCGAGAUCCAGCAGCGCGCCGUCGAGUACGGCAACCUCUUCUCCUACGACGACAUCCGCCGCGGCGUCCUCGAAAAAAUGCCACCCCCUGAGAUCCGCGAGGAAUCCCGCGUCCUGGGUGAAGCAACCAAGAAGCAGCAGCAGGCCAAAGCUAAACUCGCGACCAAGAAAAAACCGAGCCAGAUCACGGAACAGGACACGCUGCUCGACCUUAUGGGCGGCUCUGAGCUGCCGGCUGCAGACACCAGCGCCACGAUCAACGGCUCCCAGAACAACGCUGAUCUUCUCGCUGAUAUCCUCGGCGAUGGGGCAGCUGUCUCGUCACCGCCACCGCAAACCACAUCGCCACCGCCCAGUCAAUCCCAGCGAUCGAACGUGGAUUCUAUCAUGGACCUCUUUGGCAACGGCCCCACCGCAUCGCCAGCACCGCCGCCCCAACAACGCUCCGCUCCCGCAACCUCCGACGUCCUCGGCGGCCUUGGGGGCAUGGCUUCCCCACCUCAAUCAUCAGCACCGGCAGCGGCAGCAGGCGUGCCAGCCCACAUAGCCUACAACAAGAACGGCCUCCACCUCACCUUCCAGCUGCAGCGGAGCGCAAAUGUAGUCCAAGUCCUGGCGAAAUUCAAAAACACGACCGAUUUCGAGCGUCUGAGCGGUGUUAAUCUGCAGGCGGCGGUGCCGAAGAGCCAGAAGUUGCAGUUGGCGGCUAUCAGUAGCAGUGAGAUUGAGGGGGGAGGGGAGGCGAGCCAGGGGAUGAGGGUUAUGGGGGUUAGUGGGCCACCGCCCGCGAGGCUGAGACUCAGGCUCAAGAUCAGUUAUGUGAAAGGCGGAGGGCCGCCAGUGACGGAGCAGGUGGACUGGUCGGAGCCGGCUUGA